AUGGCCAGCUAUGUGACGACCCGCGGCGGCCGGACUCGCAUCCCGCGCCUCGUUUACGGCACCGCGUGGAAGCGCGAGCGCACCGCGGACCUCGUCUUUCAGGCGAUCCAGGCCGGGUUCCGCGCCAUCGACACCGCCGCUCAGCCUCGGCACUAUCGAGAGGAUCUGGUCGCGGAGGGCGUGCGCCGCGCCCUGGCCAGCGGCGUCGUCGCGUCGCGGAGCGAUCUGUACAUCCAGACCAAGUUCACGGCACCCGGCGGCCAGGAUCUUGCGGGCCCCAACGCGCCGCCCUACGACCCGGCAGCGCCCAUCGCCGACCAGGUCCGCGCGUCCGUGGAGUCCUCGUUGCGAAACUUUACCUUUCCACUACCGGAUCCACAGCUGGACGCCUCAGGUAGCAACAACCCGAAGGAGACGAGCUAUCUCGACUGCCUUGUGCUGCACUCGCCCAUGGACACGCGGGAGGACACGUUGGCCGUGUGGACGGUCUUGCAGACAUACGUGCCGCACCGGAUCCGUUCGCUGGGGAUCAGCAACGCAGGGCUCGAGGAACUGGAGGAGGUCCUGUCCGUCGCCGAGGACGUGGCCGCCGCCGCGGGCGUCUCGGCGGACACGCUCCGCCCGGUGGUCGUGCAGAACCGGCUCCACAACUACCGCCACUCUGCCGACCCCUACGACGUGGGCCUCCGGCGAUUUUGCGGACACCCGGACCGCCGCAUCGUCUACCAGUCCUUCUGGACGCUGACGGCAAAUCCUACGCUGCACAAUGGGCAGGUUGACUCGGGCGUACAGGCCGUCGCUGCGGCAGCCGGUGUGGCUCCGGAGGUGGCCUUUUAUAGCCUGGUGGCGCUUGGACUUGGUCGUGGCAGCAGCGACGAUACAGCCUGCCCUAUCGUGAUUCUCGACGGCACGACGUCGGCUACGCAUAUGGCGGCCGAUCUGGCGGGGCUGGAACAGGUUGCGGCGUGGUCGCAAAGCCCAGAGGGAAAGGCGCCGUGGGAGGCGGCUGUGGCGCGUCUGAGGGAGACCAUUGAGAGAGGGAGAUGA